AAAUGUACAAACGUAGACAUACAGGACUGAGUCAUUAGUUAUAUCCGACAGUACUAAGGAACACCCAGAACAACAAAGACCACAAAAAAGAAAACAAUGGAGAGCCACAAUCACAAGACUGUGAUAUUGCCAUCGGCUUUAUCUUUUUUCAUGUUCUUGAUAUUCUACGUUGUUAAUGUUGGCGCACAAACCUUACCACCUGCGAGGACUGAUGGGUUCGUUUACAAGAACCACCAGGUCAACUCGGACACAAUCAUAAUCGAAGCGUUCUAUGACCCAGUCUGCCCCGAUAGUAGGGACUCAUGGCCACCACUCAAAAAAGCUCUUCACUACUUUGGCUCUCACACUUGGCUCGUCGUUCACCUCCUCCCAUUACCUUUCCAUGACAAUGCCUUUGUUGCAUCUCGUGCCUUGCAUAUUGUAAACAACUUGAAUACAUCUGCUACUUUCCCCUUGUUGGAGCACUUCUUCAAGUAUCAGGAGAAAUUUUACACUGCCCAAACUCGGAACUUGUCUAGAGCUGUCAUUGUAGAGGAGAUUGUGAAGUUUGCUACAGAAGUAGUUGGGAGCUCCUAUUAUAGUGUUAUUAAAUCUGGCUUCAAUGACACAAAAACUGAUCUCAAAACAAGAAUUUCAUUCAAGUAUUCCACCUCCAGAGGGGUAUAUGGGACACCUUUUUUCUUUGUUAAUGGAUUUCUAUUGCAUGAUAAUGGCUCCACUAUAGACUUCAAAGGAUGGAAAAGCACAAUUGAUACAUUGAUUGGUGCACAAGGCAGCAAGGGGCGUUUAUUCUUAUGAUUUGGCUUUGACUGAUCUCACUUUGCUCAAACUGUAUGGAAAGUAGAAAGAGUCAGCACCUUGCCGGCAGGCUGCUCCAAUAAUCAUGCAAUAAAGGGUUUUUUUCUUUCUUAAUAACAACAAAGAAUUUGGAUGCAUUUUGCUUCUGUAAUUUGUAUGUUUUGUAUUGUGAUUGGUGAUAAGUGCCUCUUGAAACUGUAACCAUAGUGCGUUUGGUUAAAUUCUAAAAUCAAGCUUUUCAAUCUUGUAAACAUGAAAAA